ACUGCUGUGCUGAGUGUGACUGUGACCUGAGGACGCGUCUCUGAAAUGAAAGCCAUGCCUUGGAAUUGGACCUGCCUGCUCUCCCACCUCCUAAUGGUGGGGAUGGGCUCCUCCACUCUACUCCCCCAGCAGCCACCCCUGCUGCCCCAGAAGCGGUCUUUUGUCACGUUCCGUGGGGAGCCCGCCGAGAGCUUCAACCACCUGGUGGUGGACGAGAGGACAGGGCACAUUUAUGUGGGGGCCGUCAAUCGGAUCUACAAGCUCUCCAGCGACUUGAAGGUCCUGGUGACCCACCAGACCGGGCCGGACGAGGACAACCCCAAGUGCUACCCUCCCCGCAUUGUCCAGACAUGCAACGAGCCCCUGACCACCACCAACAAUGUCAACAAGAUGCUCCUGAUAGACUACAAGGAGAACAGGCUGAUUGCUUGCGGGAGCCUGUACCAAGGCAUCUGCAAGCUCCUCAGGCUGGAGGACCUCUUCAAGCUGGGGGAGCCUUUUCACAAGAAGGAGCACUACCUGUCGGGGGUCAACGAGAGUGGCUCUGUCUUUGGGGUGAUUGUCUCCUACAACAACCUGGAUGACAAGCUCUUCAUUGCCACCGCCGUGGACGGGAAGCCGGAGUAUUUCCCGACCAUCUCCAGCCGGAAACUGACCAAGAACUCAGAGGCGGAUGGCAUGUUCGCAUAUGUCUUCCACGAUGAGUUUGUGGCCUCGAUGAUCAAGAUUCCUUCGGACACUUUCACCGUCAUCCCCGACUUUGAUAUCUACUACGUCUACGGCUUCAGCAGCGGCAACUUUGUCUACUUUUUGACGCUUCAGCCUGAGAUGGUGUCUCCCCCUGGCUCCACCACAAAGGAGCAGGUUUAUACGUCCAAGCUCGUGAGGCUUUGCAAGGAGGACACGGCUUUCAACUCCUACGUGGAGGUGCCCAUUGGCUGUGAGCAUGGCGGGGUGGAGUACCGCCUGCUGCAGGCUGCCUACCUGUCCAAAGCUGGGGCCGUGCUCGCCCGGACCCUCGGGGUUCGCCCAGAGGACGACCUCCUCUUCACCGUCUUCUCCAAAGGCCAGAAGCGGAAAAUGAAAUCCCUGGACGAGUCGGCCCUGUGCAUCUUCGUCCUGAAGCAGAUCAAUGACCGCAUUAAGGAACGGCUGCAGUCCUGCUAUCGGGGCGAGGGCACUCUGGACCUGGCCUGGCUCAAGGUGAAGGACAUUCCCUGCAGCAGCGCGCUCUUAACCAUUGAUGACAACUUCUGUGGCCUGGACAUGAACGCCCCCCUGGGCGUGUCUGAGAUGGUGCGUGGCAUCCCCGUCUUCACGGAGGACAGGGACCGCAUGACUUCUGUCAUCGCAUACGUCUACAAGAAUCAUUCUCUGGCCUUCGUGGGCACCAAGAGUGGCAAGCUGAAGAAGGUUUUGGCUGACAUAUGCAGCCCAGGGGGUCGCCCUGCCUUGGCUUACGAGACGGUGCAGGUGGUGGACCCCGGCCCCGUCCUCCGGGACAUGGCCUUCUCCAAGGACCACAAGCAGCUCUACAUCAUGUCGGAAAGGCAGCUCACCAGAGUCCCUGUGGAGUCCUGUGGUCAGUAUCGGAGCUGCGGCGAGUGCCUUGGCUCAGGCGAUCCCCACUGUGGCUGGUGUGUGCUCCACAACACAUGCACCCGGAAGGAGCGCUGUGAGCGGUCCAGAGAACCCCGCAGGUUUGCCUCUGAGAUGAAGCAGUGUGUCCGGCUGACCGUCCAUCCCAGCAACAUCUCUGUCUCUCAGUACAACGUCCUGCUGGUCCUGGAGACAUACAAUGUCCCAGAGCUGUCAGCUGGUGUCAGCUGCACCUUCGAGGACCUGUCAGAGAUGGACGGGCUGGUGGUAGGCAGUCAGAUCCAGUGCCACUCCCCAGCAGCCAAGGAGGUGCCCCGGAUCAUCACGGAGAACGGGGACCACCAUGUCGUCCAGCUGCAGCUCAAGUCGAAGGAGACAGGCAUGACCUUUGCCAGCACCAGCUUUGUAUUCUACAACUGCAGCGUCCACAAUUCGUGCCUGUCCUGCGUGGAGAGCCCAUACCGCUGCCACUGGUGUAAAUACCGGCAUGUCUGCACCCAUGACCCCAAGACUUGCUCCUUCCAGGAAGGCCGGGUGAGGCUGCCUGAGGACUGCCCGCAGCUGCUGCGAGUAGACAAGAUCCUGGUGCCCGUGGAGGUGAUCAAGCCCAUCACUCUCAAGGCCAAGAACCUCCCCCAGCCGCAGUCGGGGCAGCGUGGGUACGAGUGCAUCCUCAGCAUCCAGGGCAGCGAGCAGAGGGUGCCCGCCCUGCGCUUCAACAGCUCCAGCGUGCAGUGCCAGAACACCUCUUAUUCCUACGAAGGGAUGGAGAUCAACAACCUGCCGGUGAAGCUGACAGUCGUGUGGAACGGGCACUUCAACAUUGAUAACCCAGCUCAGAACAAAGUUCACCUCUACAAGUGCGGCGCCAUGCGUGAGAGCUGCGGGCUGUGCCUCAAGGCGGACCCGGACUUCGAGUGCGGCUGGUGCCAGGGCCAGGGCCAGUGUACCCUCCGGCAGCACUGCCCCAUCCACGAGAGCCACUGGCUGGAGCUGUCGGGCACCAACAGCAAGUGCACGAAUCCCCGCAUCACAGAGAUAAUCCCAGUGACAGGCCCCCGGGAAGGGGGCACCAAGGUCACCAUCCGAGGGGAGAACCUGGGCCUGGAAUUCCGGGACAUCGCCUCCCACGUCAAGGUGGCCGGCGUGGAGUGCAGCCCUUUGGUAGAUGGCUACAUCCCUGCGGAACAGAUCGUGUGUGAGAUGGGGGAGGCCAAGCCCAGCCAGCACGCCGGCUUCGUGGAGAUCUGUGUGGCUGUGUGUCGGCCCGAGUUCAUGGCCAGGUCCUCGCAGCUCUAUUACUUCAUGACGCUGACUCUCUCAGACCUGAAGCCCAGCCGGGGGCCCAUGUCCGGAGGCACACAGGUGACCAUCACGGGCACCAACCUGAACGCGGGCAGCAACGUGGUGGUGAUGUUUGGGAAGCAGCCCUGCCUCUUCCACAGCCGGGACUGCCGAGAGCUGGCUGAGGUUGAACCUCCAGGGGCAUCCGACUUUCCCUCCCCUGAUGAGGUGCUGGAAAUGAAGGUGAUGGUUCAGGUGGACAGGGCCAAGAUCCACCAGGACCUGUUCUUCCAGUACAUGGAGGAUCCUACCAUCGUGCGGAUCGAGCCCGAGUGGAGCAUCAUCAGUGGGAACACACCCAUCGCCGUGAGGGGGACUCACCUGGACCUCAUACAGAACCCCCAGAUCCGUGCCAAGCACGGAGGGAAGGAGCACAUCAAUCUCUGCGAGGUUCUGAACGCUACUGAGAUGACCUGCCAGGCUCCUGCCCUCGCUCUGGGGCCCGACCACCAGUCUGACCUGACGGAGAGGCCCGAGGAGUUUGGCUUCAUCCUGGACAACGUCCAGUCCCUGCUAAUCCUCAACAAGACCAACUUCACCUACUACCCCAAUCCUGUGUUUGAGGCCUUCGGUCCCUCAGGAAUCCUGGAGCUCAAGCCCGGCACACCCAUCAUCCUAAAGGGCAAGAACCUGAUCCCGCCCGUGGCUGGUGGCAAUGUAAAGCUGAACUACACCGUGCUGGUCGGGGAGAAGCCGUGCACCGUCACAGUGUCGGACGUGCAGCUGCUCUGCGAGUCCCCCAACCUCAUAGGCCGGCACAAAGUGAUGGCCCGAGUCGGUGGCAUGGAGUACUCCCCAGGGAUGGUGUACAUUGCCCCGGACAGCCCGCUCAGCCUGCCCGCCAUCGUUAGCAUCGCUGUGGCCGGCGGCCUCCUUAUCAUCUUCAUCGUGGCCGUUCUCAUCGCCUACAAACGCAAGUCCCGGGAGAGCGACCUCACGCUUAAGCGGUUGCAGAUGCAGAUGGACAACCUGGAGUCCCGCGUGGCCCUGGAGUGCAAGGAAGCCUUUGCCGAGCUGCAGACGGACAUCCACGAGUUGACCAGUGACCUGGACGGAGCUGGGAUUCCCUUCCUGGACUACAGAACCUACACUAUGCGAGUGUUGUUCCCAGGAAUUGAAGACCACCCUGUCCUCCGGGACCUCGAGGUCCCGGGCUACCGGCAGGAGCGCGUGGAGAAAGGUCUGAAGCUCUUCGCUCAGCUCAUCAACAACAAGGCAUGCCUGCUGUCCUUCAUUCGCACGCUGGAGUCUCAGCGUAGCUUCUCCAUGCGCGACCGCGGCAACGUGGCCUCGCUCAUCAUGACGGUGCUGCAGAGCAAGCUGGAGUACGCCACUGACGUGCUGAAGCAGCUGCUGGCUGACCUCAUAGACAAGAAUCUGGAGAGCAAGAACCAUCCCAAGCUGCUGCUCAGGAGGACCGAAUCGGUGGCUGAGAAGAUGUUGACCAAUUGGUUUACUUUCCUGCUCUACAAGUUCCUCAAGGAGUGUGCCGGGGAGCCCCUCUUCUCGCUGUUCUGCGCCAUCAAGCAGCAGAUGGAGAAGGGGCCCAUUGACGCCAUCACGGGCGAGGCCCGCUACUCUCUGAGUGAGGACAAGCUCAUCCGCCAGCAGAUCGACUACAAAACCCUGGUCCUGAGUUGUGUCAACCCAGACAAUGCCAACAGCCCUGAGGUCCCAGUGAAGAUCCUCAACUGCGACACCAUUACUCAGGUCAAGGAGAAGAUUCUGGAUGCCAUCUUCAAGAAUGUGCCCUGCUCCCACCGGCCCAAGGCUGCAGACAUGGACCUGGAGUGGCGACAAGGAAGCGGGGCGAGGAUGAUCCUGCAGGAUGAAGACAUCACCACCAAGAUUGAGAACGACUGGAAGAGACUGAACACCCUGGCGCAUUACCAGGUGCCGGAUGGUUCUGUGGUGGCUUUAGUGUCCAAGCAGGUGACAGCCUACAAUGCAGUGAACAACUCCACCAUCUCCAGGACCUCGGCAAGUAAAUACGAAAACAUGAUCCGGUACACGGGCAGCCCUGACAGCCUCCGCUCACGCACACCCAUGAUCACCCCUGACCUGGAGAGUGGCGUCAAGAUGUGGCACCUGGUGAAGAACCACGAGCAUGGGGACCAGAAGGAGGGUGACCGGGGGAGCAAGAUGGUGUCUGAAAUCUAUCUGACACGACUGCUGGCCACUAAGGGCACACUGCAGAAGUUUGUGGACGACCUUUUCGAGACCAUCUUCAGCACGGCGCACCGCGGCUCCGCCCUGCCCCUGGCGAUCAAGUACAUGUUUGACUUUCUGGAUGAGCAGGCGGACAAACACGGCAUCCAUGACCCGCACGUCCGCCACACCUGGAAGAGCAACUGCCUGCCCCUGAGGUUUUGGGUCAACAUGAUCAAGAACCCCCAGUUUGUGUUUGACAUCCACAAGAACAGCAUCACUGACGCCUGCCUGUCGGUGGUGGCCCAGACCUUCAUGGACUCCUGUUCCACGUCGGAGCACCGGCUGGGCAAGGACUCCCCCUCCAACAAGCUGCUCUAUGCCAAGGACAUCCCUAGCUACAAGAACUGGGUGGAGAGGUAUUACUCAGACAUCGGGAAGAUGCCGGCCAUCAGUGACCAGGACAUGAACGCGUACCUGGCUGAGCAGUCGCGGAUGCACGUGAACGAGUUCAACACCAUGAGCGCGCUCUCCGAGAUCUUCUCCUACGUGGGCAAGUACAGCGAGGAGAUCCUUGGACCUCUGGACCACGAUGACCAGUGUGGGAAGCAGAAACUGGCCUACAAACUAGAACAAGUCAUAACCCUCAUGAGCUUAGACAGCUGA